GAUCAUUCUGUGUUCUUACCAAAGCUAACUUGUAAAAAUGAGAGUGAGGAUAUGUUUCUUGGCAAUAGUGAUUCUCUGUUCUUUCUCCUUCAUCUUAGUAAGAUCCUUAAACGAAGAAGGGCGUGUUCUUCUGGAGUUUAAAGCUUUGCUUAAUGACUCCAAUGGCUAUCUCGCAAGCUGGAAUCAGUUGGAUUCAAAUCCAUGCAACUGGACCGGAAUCGCGUGUACCCGUCUCAGAACUGUAACUUCUGUUGAUCUAAAUGGGAUGAAUCUAUCAGGUACACUAUCUCCUCUCAUAUGCAAGCUUCAUGGUUUAAGGAAAUUGAAUGUCUCCACCAACUUCAUCUCUGGUCCAAUCCCUCGAGAUUUAUCUCUCUGUCGAAGUCUAGAGGUUCUUGAUCUCUGCACAAAUAGGUUCCAUGGAGUGAUACCAAUUCAGCUAACCAUGAUCAUCACUCUUAAGAAGCUGUAUCUAUGCGAGAAUUAUCUUUUCGGUUCAAUCCCUAGACAAAUCGGUAGUUUGAGUUCGCUUCAAGAGCUUGUGAUCUACAGCAACAAUCUCACCGGUCUAAUCCCUCCUUCCACGGGGAAAUUGAGACAGCUCCGGAUCAUUAGGGCAGGACGGAAUGCAUUCUCAGGUGUGAUUCCGCCUGAAAUCAGCGGAUGCGAGAGCCUAAAGGUACUUGGAUUAGCAGAGAAUCUUCUUGAGGGUUCUCUUCCUAAGCAGCUCGAGAAGCUUCAAAAUCUUACUGAUUUGAUACUCUGGCAAAACCGUCUAUCCGGUGAGAUACCUCCUUCAGUAGGAAACAUCACCAGACUGGAGGUGCUUGCGCUGCACGAAAACUACUUCACGGGAUCAAUUCCAAGAGAGAUUGGGAAGCUCACAAAGAUGAAAAGGCUGUACCUUUACACAAACCAGUUAACCGGAGAGAUACCUCGUGAAAUAGGCAACUUGACAGAUGCAGCUGAGAUAGAUUUUUCGGAGAAUCAGUUAACAGGUUUCAUCCCAAAAGAGUUUGGUCAGAUCCUGAAUCUAAAACUACUUCAUCUUUUUGAGAACAUUCUUCUAGGUCCAAUUCCCAGGGAGCUUGGGGAAUUGACACUGUUGGAGAAGCUAGAUUUGUCUAUCAAUAGACUAAAUGGUACUAUCCCGCGAGAGCUUCAGUUCCUAACUUACCUUGUAGAUUUGCAGCUUUUUGACAACCAGCUUGAAGGGACGAUACCUCCUCUAAUCGGUUUCUAUAGCAAUUUUUCUGUUCUUGACAUGUCUGCCAAUUCUCUGUCUGGUCCAAUUCCUGCCCACUUCUGCAGAUUUCAGACGCUAAUACUUCUGAGUGUUGGUUCAAACAAGUUAUCAGGAAACAUUCCUCGUGAUCUGAAAACCUGCAAGUCACUGACAAAGCUAAUGCUAGGUGAUAACUGGCUAACAGGAAGCCUUCCCGCUGAAUUAUUUAAUCUUCAGAACCUUACUGCAUUAGAGCUUCACCAAAACUGGUUAUCAGGGUAUAUAUCUGCAGACCUGGGAAAGCUGAAGAAUUUAGAAAGACUGCGUCUAGCUAACAACAAUUUUACUGGUGAAAUUCCUCCUGAGAUUGGGAAUCUCACAAAGAUUGUUGGCUUAAACAUCUCCUCCAAUCAGCUCACUGGUCACAUCCCUAAAGAAUUGGGGAGUUGUGUCACUAUCCAGAGGCUUGACCUUAGUGGCAACAGGUUUUCCGGGUACAUACCACAAGAUCUUGUACCAGACACAGCCGUGUUCCAGCGGAUGGAUUCAUCAAACUUUGCUGGAAACCACCGUCUGUGUAACUCUCAGAGAAGCCACUGCCAACCACUUGUCCCACAUUCUGAUUCGAAGCUAAGUUGGUUAGUCAAUGGUUCGCAGAGGCAAAAGAUCUUGACAAUCACUUGUAUGGUAAUCGGCUCGGUUUUUCUUAUCACUUUUCUUGCUAUCUGUUGGGCAAUAAAGCGGCGGGAACCAGCGUUUGUUGCACUUGAGGAUCAAACAAAACCAGAUGUCAUGGACAGCUACUAUUUCCCUAAAAAAGGUUUCACAUAUCAAGGCCUUGUGGAUGCAACCAGAAACUUUUCCGAAGACGUGCUUUUAGGGAGAGGAGCGUGUGGAACGGUCUACAAAGCUGAAAUGUCAGAUGGCGAGGUGAUAGCUGUAAAGAAGCUAAAUUCUCGCGGCGAAGGAGCUAGUUCUGAUAAUAGCUUCAGAGCUGAAAUAUCAACACUUGGAAAGAUAAGGCACCGGAAUAUUGUGAAGCUAUAUGGUUUCUGCUAUCACCAGAACUCAAAUCUUCUCUUGUAUGAGUACAUGUCAAAAGGAAGCCUCGGUGAACAACUACAGCGAGGUGAGAAAAACUGCUUGUUGGAUUGGAAUGCUCGGUACAGAAUCGCCCUCGGUGCUGCAGAGGGUCUGUGUUAUCUCCAUCAUGAUUGCAGACCUCAAAUAGUUCAUCGCGACAUAAAAUCGAACAACAUUCUUCUUGAUGAACUGUUCCAGGCUCAUGUUGGAGAUUUUGGCCUGGCUAAGUUGAUUGAUCUCUCUUACUCAAAGUCCAUGUCAGCUGUUGCUGGGUCUUACGGAUACAUCGCUCCAGAAUAUGCUUACACGAUGAAGGUGACAGAGAAAUGCGAUAUCUAUAGCUUUGGAGUUGUGCUUCUGGAGCUAAUAACAGGAAAGCCACCAGUUCAACCGCUGGAGCAAGGAGGGGAUCUAGUCAAUUGGGUUAGAAGAUCAAUCCGUAACAUGGUUCCAACCAUUGAAAUGUUUGAUGCGAGGCUAGAUACGAAUGAUAAGAGAACAAUUCAUGAGAUGUCUCUAGUCCUAAAAAUUGCACUGUUCUGCACCAGCAAUUCUCCAGCUAGUAGACCAACAAUGAGAGAAGUUGUCGCUAUGAUUACAGAAGCUCGGGGAUCAAGUAGCCUCUCUACCUCAUCCAUUACAUCAGAAACUCCUCUAGAAGAAGCAAACUCCUCCAAAGAAAUUGACUUUGUCGCAUCACCUUGAAGUCAGCAAAUAAAUCCAGUUCAGUCCA